AUGAUGCAGGCUCCCCCUUUGGGGCACUACGCCUUCGGGGUGAAGGAACCCCGCAUCGCCCUCCCUCUGGGGCAGAAACCCUCUGGGUUCCUGCAGACCCACUGCAAAGGCAGUGGCGAUGGGCAUCAGAUCGAGUUGGCCCAUGGCACCACCACCCUGGCUUUUACACUCCAGCAUGGAGUUAUUGUAGCCACUGACUCCAGGGCAUCAGCUGGCAAAUACAUUGAUACUUUGCUUUGCAACAAAGUGAUUGAGAUCAAUCCUUACUUGCUGGGCACCAUGUCCGGAUGUGCUGCUGACUGCUAGUACUGGGAACACCUCUUGGCCCAACAUUGCAGACUCUAUUACUUGCGCAACAAGGAACGGAUCAGUGUCUCAGCAGCCUCCAAGCUAUUGGCCAACAUGUUGAUUGAGUACCGAGGGAUGGGCCUCUCAGUGGGCAGCAUGGUGUGUGGCUGGGACAAGAAGGCAGCUGGAAAGAUUGAGGAAAGGAAAGGGCAAAAGUUAUAUAUAGAUGAUAAUGGAGUACGCUUGAGUGGACCCCUCUUUUCCACGGGAAGCGGAAACUCAUACGCAUACGGGGUGCUGGACAGUGGGCACCACCCUGAUCUGACCGUGGAGGAAGCCUGUGACCUUGGCUGGAGAGCAAUCUCUUACGCCACCCAUCGGGAUGCCUAUUCGGGUGGAGUGGUGAACAUGUACCACAUGAAGGAAGACGGUUGGAUCCGAGUUGGACAGACUGAUGUCAGCGAACUGCUCUACCAGUAUUCGGAGGCCAGUAUUCGGAGGAAAGCGAACUCGUGGCCGACAAGGAACCACAAAGAACUGCAAAUAUUGGAGAGAAGUUUGGACACUCAGGGCAAGAGGAAAAGGGACAGAAGCAAAGUGCAGCAAACGAGGCAAUAAUAAAAUAUCUCUGGCUUUUUGUUUUUAUGAUUGUUACAGAUUCUGUAUCCUACAGUGAUUUAUUUAUCUAUUUAAUAUCUCUCUUUUCUAAAUUAAAUUAAAACAGUUACAAUCUGAACACCUUAAGAACAAGUAUACCCAUUGCACUACCCCUACCAGUUCAAAGCUGAAGGCUUGUUUAAAUAAGGUCUUUGC